UUUUUUUUUUUUGGAGGGUUUGAAGUUUCUGUGCUUCAGUGACUAUUACAGAAGAAGAGGUGUUAGUGUUGCCGUGAGGUCUUGAUUGUCUGCAUUUAUGAAUGAAACUGACCUAAAUCACCUGUUACCUCCAGUUUCCAGAUUGUUUGAACUUCUCUGGCCGCACAAUACAGGAGGGAAGGCUGAAGCAACAUAAGGACCUACAGCGUCUGCAGCAUGGGCUGGUUCGCUAGGAUUGUCUGUCUUUUCUGGGGAGUAUUACUUACAGCGAGAGCAAACUAUCAAAAUGGGAAAAACAAUGUACCAAGGCUGAAAUUAUCCUACAAAGAAAUGUUGGAAUCCAACAAUGUGAUCACUUUCAAUGGCUUGGCCAACAGCUCCAGUUAUCAUACCUUCCUUUUGGAUGAGGAACGGAGUAGGCUGUAUGUUGGAGCAAAGGAUCACAUAUUUUCAUUCAACCUGGUUAAUAUCAAGGAUUUUCAAAAGAUUGUGUGGCCAGUAUCUUUUACCAGAAGGGAUGAAUGCAAGUGGGCUGGAAAAGAUAUCCUGAAAGAAUGUGCUAAUUUCAUCAAGGUGCUUAAGGCUUAUAAUCAGACUCACUUGUACGCCUGUGGAACAGGGGCUUUUCAUCCAAUUUGCACCUACAUUGAAACUGGACAUCAUCCUGAGGAUAACAUUUUUAAGUUGGAGGACUCACAUUUUGAAAAUGGCCGUGGGAAGAGUCCAUAUGACCCUAAACUGCUGACGGCAUCUCUUUUAAUAGAUGGAGAAUUAUACUCCGGGACUGCGGCUGAUUUUAUGGGGCGAGAUUUUGCGAUCUUCAGAACUCUCGGGCACCACCACCCAAUUAGGACGGAGCAGCAUGAUUCCAGGUGGCUCAAUGAUCCAAGGUUCAUUAGUGCCCACCUCAUCCCAGAAAGUGACAACCCUGAAGAUGACAAAGUAUAUUUUUUCUUCCGUGAAAAUGCGAUAGAUGGAGAACACACUGGAAAAGCCACCCAUGCUAGAAUAGGUCAGAUAUGCAAGAAUGAUUUUGGGGGCCACAGAAGUCUGGUGAAUAAGUGGACAACAUUCCUCAAAGCCCGUCUGAUUUGCUCAGUGCCGGGUCCAAAUGGCAUUGACACUCAUUUUGAUGAAUUGCAGGAUGUAUUCCUAAUGAAUUCUAAAGAUCCUAAGAAUCCAAUUGUAUAUGGAGUGUUUACAACUUCCAGUAACAUCUUCAAGGGGUCAGCUGUGUGUAUGUAUAGCAUGAGUGAUGUGAGAAGGGUGUUCCUUGGUCCAUAUGCUCACAGGGAUGGUCCCAAUUAUCAGUGGGUGCCUUAUCAAGGAAGAGUCCCCUACCCACGACCAGGAACUUGUCCCAGUAAAACAUUUGGUGGAUUUGACUCUACAAAAGACCUUCCUGAUGAUGUUAUAACAUUUGCAAGAAGUCAUCCAGCUAUGUACAAUCCAGUGUUUCCUAUUAAUAACCGCCCGAUAAUGAUCAAAACAGAUGUAAAUUAUCAAUUUACACAAAUCGUAGUAGAUCGAGUGGAUGCAGAAGAUGGCCAAUAUGAUGUUAUGUUUAUUGGAACAGAUGUUGGGACCGUUCUUAAAGUAGUUUCAAUUCCUAAGGAGACUUGGCAUGAUUUAGAAGAAGUUCUGCUGGAAGAAAUGACAGUUUUUCGGGAGCCAACUACUAUUUCAGCAAUGGAGCUUUCCACCAAGCAGCAACAACUCUAUAUUGGUUCCACCACGGGGGUCGCUCAGCUCCCAUUACACCGCUGUGAUAUUUAUGGGAAAGCCUGUGCAGAAUGCUGCCUCGCCCGAGACCCUUACUGUGCCUGGGAUGGCUCUUCAUGCUCUCGCUAUUUUCCCACUGCAAAGAGACGCACAAGACGACAAGAUAUAAGAAAUGGAGACCCGCUGACUCACUGUUCAGACUUACAACACCAUGAUAAUCACCAUAGCCACAGCCUUGAAGAAAGAAUCAUCUAUGGAGUAGAAAAUAGUAGCACGUUCCUGGAAUGCAGUCCAAAAUCACAGCGAGCUCUAGUCUAUUGGCAAUUCCAGAGGCGAAAUGAAGAGCGAAAAGAAGAGAUCAGAGUGGAUGAUCAUAUCAUCAGGACAGAACAAGGCCUUCUACUGCGUAGCCUACAACGGAAGGAUUCAGGCAAUUACCUCUGCCAUGCUGUGGAACAUGGAUUCAUGCAGACUCUUCUUAAAGUGACCCUGGAAGUCAUUGACACAGAGCAUUUGGAAGAACUUCUUCAUAAAGAUGAUGAUGGAGAUGGCUCUAAGACCAAAGAAAUAUCCAACAGCAUGACAUCUAGCCAGAAAGUCUGGUACAGAGACUUCAUGCAGCUCAUCAACCACCCCAACCUGAACACAAUGGAUGAGUUCUGUGAACAAGUGUGGAAAAGGGACAGAAAACAGCGUCGGCAAAGGCCAGGACAUACCCAAGGGAACAGUAACAAAUGGAAGCACUUACAGGAAAAUAAGAAAGGUAGAAACAGGCGGACCCACGAAUUUGAGAGGGCACCCAGGAGUGUCUGA